ACAUGCCCUGUGAGUCACUCCAGAUGUGCUCAAAAACAGAGCCUCUGUGUGGAAGCCCGGUCCCCCAAUCCCAGAGAGACUUAGGUUAGGAGAGGUACCAACUUCUGUCCCACCCAAGAGGCAGCAUCUGCCUCCACCCUGUGGACCCAGGGAGAGGCCCUUGCUGUCCUUCUAGACAAGAAAGGCCAGUGAGAACUCUGUCGUUCCACAAAGAAGAACUCAGGGGCCCCCUGUAGCUCCUGGGGUCCCACGGGGAUUAGAGGGUCAAUUUUUCUGCCUUCCGGAAGAUGCCCUGGAAGGCCUUGAUGCUGUUUCUGCUGUUCUCCAGCACCCAGGAUACUGAGUCCCGCAGGUGGAGCAGGGAAGGCAAGAACGGGACUUGCUGCAACAGAUGGAUCACGUAGUUCUGGAUCCCGCUUCUUGAUCCACCCGGCAUGAUCAGAGCAGCUGCGCUGUUCCCUGCUGCCCACCGGCCAAAGAGGUCCUUGUCAUUGCCGUUGAACCCAGUCCUGCAGACCUCCCUGGAGGAUGUGGAACUCCUCUACGAGCUCUUGCUGGCUGAAAUGGAGAUCAGCCCAGGCCUGAAGAUCUCCAUCAAGGAUGAGGAACUAGCCUCCCUGAGGAAGGCCUUGAACUUCCACUCCAUCUGCAAUAAUAUAAUCCCCAAGCACAUCCCAGAUAUCCGCAGGCUGAGCGUCAACCUGGCCAACCACCCUGGAAUCCUCAAGAAAGAAGAUUUUGAAAGGACAGCACUGACCCUGGCUUACACAGCCUAUAGAACAGCUUUGUCUGAAGGGCAUCAGAAGGACGUCUGGGCUCAGGCCCUCAUUAGCCUUUUCCAGGCCCUGAGGCAUGACUUGAUGAGGUCCUUGGGCCCUGGAGUGUCUUCCUGAGAGCCUGGUGGCCCAUACCAGGACCUUGAAGCAUGGGCAGGCACACACAGUCUUCCAGGAUAUUCAUCCUUUACUCUACUUACAGAGUCCAUGAAGAAAGUUUGUACUGCCCACACAGAAUAGCAAAGAUAAAUGAGUCGUCCCAAUA